AUAUGCUUGGAAACGAUGGCGGAUAGUGAUAUCGUCCGUCGGUUACCAUGUGGGCAUACAUUCCAUUCGGGUUGCAUUACUCCAUGGUACCUGGGGCAACAUUAUACUUGUCCCUUGUGCGUAUCACACUUCAUGCCAUCGGGGUGUGCACAUGUCAGA